AUGAGUACAUCAAGAGAUCAUGUUGAGAUUGUAGACAGUGAUAAUUCUAGCGCCGAUGAAGUUGAGAUGAUUGUAGAGGAUGGUCAAGUUGAACAAAACAAGAACAUGCCCAAAGAAGGCCAUACAAUGUCAUCUUCAUAUGUGGAGCCGUAUGUGGGGCUAGAGUUUGAUGACGUAGAGGAUGCACUAAGUUGCUAUAAAGCCUUCUCCAGACGAACUGGUUUUAGCAUUCGAACAAAUCACACUUGGUUGUCAGGCAUAGACAAAUCAUUAAUUGGUGUAGAGUAUGUGUGUUCAAGAGAAGGAUUUCGUCAGAAUCAUUCUAAACUUAAAGAGAGAGCAAGACCCGAGGCUCCGGAAACAAAGUGUGGGUGCAAGACAAUGAUGACAAUAAAGAAGAAUAGAGACAAAUGGGUUGUGUCAAAAUUUGUACCCCAACAUAAUCAUGAGUUGUUGACACCUAGGAGUACAAGUUUACUUCGUGGGCAUAGACGGGUGACACCAGCGCAAAAAAAUUUAAUAGACACACUAAAUGAGUUGGGGAUACCAACAUGGAAAAUAAUGUCUGUGUUGAGUAAGGAGUCGGGUGGUGAUUAUAAUGUUGGUUGCAUUGCUAAGGACAUUCAGAAUUAUUUGGGCAAUCGAAGGAAGCAACUUCUUGAUGAGGGAGACGCACAAAAGUUAUAUGAAUACUUUUUGGAAAGCGAACGUAAUAAUCCAGGGUUUGUAUAUUCGAUCCAAGUUGAUGCAGAUGGAUCGAUGGGAAAUUGCUUUUGGGCAGAUGCGAGAUCAAGAGCCGCAUAUCAAUAUUUUGGCGAUGUUGUUACGUUUGACGCUACGUACCUAACAAAUCGCUACAAAAUGCCAUUUGUUCCAUUCACUGGAGUUAACCAUCAUCAUCAAUCUAUCAUGUUUGGAUGUGCGUUAUUGAUAAAUGAGACAGCUGAGUCUUACACAUGGUUAUUAAAAACAUGGUUAGAAGCGAUGCUUGGUCGUGCUCCCUCUACAAUAAUAAUUGAUGAUGACAAGUCAAUGGCUAAGGCCAUCGCGAAUGUAUUGCCCAAUACAACUCACAAAUUGUGUUUAUGGCAUAUUCUACAAAAAGUUCCUGAACAUUUAGCCCAUGUUUAUAAUAGAUAUGCACAAUUUAAAUAUGAUUUUAACCGCUGCAUUCAUGAGACAUUAACUAUUGAGGAGUUUGAGUUGGAGUGGACUGAAAUGUGUUUGAAGUACAAGUUAGAAGAAAAUAGUUGGUUGCAAACUAUUUAUGUUAAGAGAGAAAAGUGGGUGCCUGCUUAUUUGAGAUCAACAUUUUGCGCUGGAAUGUCCACAACUCAACGAAGUGAGAGUAUAAAUAAGUUUUGUAAAGACUAUGUUCGUUCAAGUACGAUGGUAAGUGACUUCGUCCAUCAAUAUGAUAAAGCUUUGAAUGCCCGUUAUUUAAGUGAGAAAGAGAAAGGUGUGAAGACAAAAACAUCGAGGCCUAUUUUGAAAACUUCCAGUAGUAUUGAAGAGGAAGUGGCCAAGCUCUACACGAGAAAAUCCUUUUUGAUCUUCCAAGAUGAGUUAUUUAAUAGCCAAUGGUUCAAGGCACGCAAAAUACGUGAGGAAGAUGGACGAAAAAUUUAUUUAGUGGGCAUUAAUGGGUAUGAAAAACCGAUAUAUGAAGUAGCACUUGGGAUGGAGAAAAAUGUUGUUUCUUGCACAUGUUGUAAAUUUGAAUUUAUUGGCUUCCUAUGCCGGCACAUCCUACAAGUUUUGACAAAAAAAGAUUGUUUGGACCUUGUGCAAUCAUAUGUGUUAGAGAGGUGGACGAUCAAUGCAAAGAGUCGCAUGGUAGAUAGGAUAUGUGUCGAUGAGGAGCCAUUGGAGACUGUCCCAACUGCAUUAGUCUUGAAACAUCGUUUGAUGAGACAGUUUUAUAUAGUUGCCGAGAUGGGGUCACUAUCUAUUAAGAAAUAUGAGCAUGCUUGUAAGGGAAUAGAGACUAUUCAUCAAGAGCUUCUCUUGAUGAAUGAGGAUGAUGAUGGUGGUAACAGGGAGGGACAUCCAGUCCAGAGCAAAAUAGUCUCAAACUUUUCAUUGCAAGAUCCUCCAAUCAUUGUAUCUAUAGGAAGGCCCAAAUCAUUACGACACAAGAACCCAAAGGAAAAUGCACCAAUGAAGAAGCGACGAUGUAGCAUUUGUAAACAAGAAGGUCAUGCUAGAACCAACUGUCCUUCACAUAGGUAA